GCUGCUGCCAUCUUGUUCCAUACAUCCCAUUCGUUUCCCUACAAAUGCCCUGUAUAUGCUACCAAUAUACCUCGCAGUUUUAAAUACAAACCCAUUGAAACGUGUACUAAAGUGUCCGCUGCACUGUACGGAUCAUUUCAAUACCACAUUUAUCAAAAUUCCUCGAGCCCAUCUAAAAGCUAACGGAUGGAAUUCCGUGGUAUAUCAUCUGAACUUGGGCAGAUAUGGUGGACGCGACAUUUCCACCAUUAUUUCACCGCUCUUGCCUCGGGUUGAUCUUGGUUGAACAGCACACGCAUAUUGCGCAUAGACGAGAAGCCGUGUAGGUAAUUCAUUGUAUGCAUGUACCGUAUGUGUGUUGUUGUGCCUUGCCACAUAUUGCCUGUCACGAAGCUACAUUGUAAAUCACACCGUGGCUUCAACUCACAAUCUAUGGCAAAAUUUCUGUCAACAUUACAUGCUUAUUGACGAAUGAUAACAUCCUAUUGCAAUCAUUUAGAUAUUUCCAGACUCGUAUUCUUGAUUUUUUGUGCGGAUUUUAGGGACUUUUUUAUGGUGGUGUCAUACAUCUCAUUUGCAUAAAUGGGGUUCGCCCGCUGUUCAGCAUAUACAGUGCGUGCUCUGUCGGCACAAAGGAGGGAUUCUAGGUCGAGCUUUGACGUCGGAAAUUCGGAAAGUUGAGGCGGGUAGUUGAGCGUGAUGUGAAGCGGCGGUUGCGGUGGAUGGAUAGGGAAACAAUACGUGGGACCAAGUGAUUGCAUUUAUGCUGCUUGGUCGAUUGAUCAGCUCUGUGCCUUGCAUGCCCAGGGACCUACCACAUGGCCUGGUUAUCAAUUUCCGUAAGUUAAGAGCAUAGAGACAAUCAUGGGUAAGAAGGAUCGAGACAGUAAGAAACCUCGUGGACGCAUGUCUGCCUAUGCUUACUUCGUUCAAGAUUCAAGAGCAGAACAUGGCAAGAAUCAUCCCAACAGUCCUGUCAAGUUUGCAGAAUUCUCAAAGGACUGCUCGGCAAGAUGGAAGAGCAUGGGUGAGAAUGGAAAGGGUGUUUUCCAUGAGAAGUCAAUGCGUGAUAAGAUUCGAUAUGAUCGUGAGAUGCAGUCCUAUAAACCUGCUAAAGGUGAGAAGGGUAACAAGAGAUCACGCAAAAGGAAGGACCCAGACGCGCCAAAGAGAAAUCUGUCAGCGUUCUUCAUCUUCAGCGGAGAGCACAGAGCAUCUAUUAAGAGUGUUCAUCCUAACUGGUCUGUAGGUGAUAUUGCUAAGGAACUUGCUGUUAGGUGGAGGAGUAUGGGAGCUAACGAUAAGGUCAAAUAUGAGAAUGGUGCUGCCAAGGACAAAGAGAGAUAUAUCAAGGCGAUGGCCGAGUACAAGGCGAAGGCAAAGACAGUGAAGCGUCAACCCAGAGAAUCUUCUAGCUCCAGCUCAUCUGAUUCCAGCUCUGAUGAUUCUAGUUCAGAUGAUAGUGAUGAAGAGUAAACCAUUUAUUCUCAAACUAGUGAAACCACUCACUGUAAUUGAGCGUUACUCAUCAACAGGUGACUAGCAUUGUUAAUCCACCAUCAUUUCAUUUGUGCAUAUGUUUUCCUAAAUUGUCGCUUUAGACCUGUUUUCUUCCUUGUCAAGGAGUCCGAUUUCUCUUUUAAAUUGAUCAGGAAUGAUGUUGUACUGAAGGGCGUGCAUAGUUUUAGCCACUGUACACCAGAUAGUUUGGAGGCUUAGUAUGCUUAAAUUGUAAAUGCUUUCUUUAAAUUAAUCUUGCCAUGAAUAGUCAUGUAUCCAUGGUAUUUUUAACAAUGAAGGCUGAUUGUAUUGUAUAUAUGCCAAAUUUUGUAAACGGCGAGGAAAAAACAUAGCACAACAAAUUAAACCCAGCUAAUCUGUUUGAAUUUUUAUAUUCCAAGGUUUUUUUUUCCUCUCUCAUAAUCUCAUUAAAAUUUUGUUUUAAACAAAACAGAUUUAGUUGGAAAUGGAAAAUAUUCAAAAAAAUUCUAAGAAGAUGAGAUUGUUUGCCUUUUCUGUCACUUGAGCUGAAACUGAAAUUUGGAAGUAAAUCAUAUCAUUGGCAACUCAGUUAAUAGGCAAUUUUUCUUCAGAGAGAAAUAUUGACCAUGAUUUUGAUAAGAAAUCUUGUUUUUGCUGGUUUUUAUUUGGAAUGACAUUCACCAUUGUGUUGUAAUGAAGCAACUCUUAGCAGUAUUAAGUAUAACAUAUUGGGUGAGACACACUUUAUUUGUAGACAUUGUUUUUUUUUAUCAUUUGAUGUAAGAAAAAGAAACCAAAGGCUUUUUCCCCUAAUUCGCCAGUUUUGUGGUAUAUCACCCUGCUUUGAUAUUUACUGAUAUUCAUGUAAACUUGUUAUGUAUUUAAACUGUGUGAUUGUUUUUAAUGCCUGUAUGUAUAAGCUUGUAAUUUGGCAAGGAUAAACAAAGUGAAAAUAAAGGUCAAGAUUCUACAUGAUUAUUGUAACUUUUGAAUACUUCUAGAUUGAGAGUUCAUGGAAAGUAUGCGCUAAUUUUUUUUUAAUUUCAUGAAAUUAGGAUAAAGAAAUAUUGUCUUUUAGAGAAAUGAAUGUCUCAAUCAAGUGAAUCUGUUAUUAUUAUGACCAGUCAUGUAGAAUAUUGACGUUAUAUGUGAGUGAGAAAUAAGAUGGGUCUGCAAAUCAGAUGUGGUCUUGUUUAGUACAUUUUCUUUCUGAUAUCAUUUGAUUUGGCAGUAUUUCUAUGCAAAUAGGGGAUUUCCAAAUCAAGUAAACUCAUUCUGAAUGCAUUAUUUUAAAGUCAUCAUUUUGAUCUUAGUUAAUGGGGGGAUGGUUUUUAGACAUGAAAAUGGACGAGACAGCCCUAGUUUUUAAAGGUUUUCAGAUAGAACUUUCAUUUUGUAUUCAGUUAUUAAUUAGAGACUUGAUAAAGAAUUAUGAUUAUUUCUCAAUUCUCACUCACUAUAUUGCAAUUUGCUAUUUUCAGCCUUUUAACUUAUAAAACAUUUCUUAUUCAUUAUUAUUUGAGAUCUGUAUGUCUUCUGUACGAUAGCAUGUAAUAUUUGUUUCAGAUAAAUGGUUUCAGAGCUUUAUUUUUUCACAGGGGAAAGGACAGGAAUGGAACAGGGAUGUAAUAUGUAUUGGGUUUUGUUUGUUUGCAGCAUGAAAAAUAAUGUCAACUAAAAGCAGUUUCAUAACAUUUUACAUCUGUUUUUAAAACGACAAGUGUGACUUUUUUUUUCAUUUAUCCAAUCAAUAUCAAUAUGUAUCACCAAAUAUACAUGUAUCCUGUUAAUAAAAAAUGAAGUAAAUGGUGGUUUGUAUAGUAUAACUAUGAUACAAGUUGAGAUAAAGAACAUUAUCUUAAUUCACUACUGGUCUAACUUUGACUAAAAUCUUCCUGUAAGAAACUUUUUGUGUUACCGUAUGUGUACAGUUGUGUAAAGGAGGCCUGUUGGCACAUUCUUUUAAAUUUCUUUCUGCUCAAGUUGUUAUUCUCUUUAGGCUUGUUUACAUUUUAGGGCAUGGGAGAAAUACAAUUUUUUCAUUUUCAUUUACUUUUUUUUUUGGGGGGGGGUGGGAUUAUUGAUUUACGAGCUGUCCUGUGUAAAUACUGAUAAAGGCAUUCAAAUGUUAGCUGUUUGUUAUUUGCAUACAAAGUCUAUAGUAUGGUUUGAAAAUAAAAACAAUGUCAUUUAAUGA